AUGGGGCCUGAAGCCCUGUCAGAAGAAAUCAAACUCGGCUGGUGUAUAUCUCAGAAGUCUCACGCCUGCACUGACGGGGUGCUUACCCACGCUGAGAAACUUGUUUCAACUUGGAUCAGAUCUUCUGGGGUCAGAGCAGGGCUCCACAACAUGGGGAAUACCUGCUAAGUGAAUGCGUUGCUACAGUGUCUGACCUACACGCCGCCCCUCACAGAUGACAUGCUGUCCCAGGAGCAGUCUGCAACCUGUGGGAAGCAGGGCUCCUGCAUGUGGUGUACAAGGAAGGAUCACAUAACCCGAGCCCUCUGUCAUCCAGGCCAUGUCAUGGAGCCCCAACGUGCACUGGCUACACGCUUCCACCGACACCAACAGGAAGACGCCCAUGAAUUUCUCAUGUCCACUCAGGAUGCCAUGCAGAAAGCCUGCCUGAGUAGCCACAGGCACUUCCGCAGCUUCUCUCCAGAUACCACCCUGAUCCGUCAAAUCUUUGGCGGCUACUGGAGAUCUCAGAUCCAGUGUCGCCACAGCCAGGGAGUGUCAGACAUCUUUGACCCUUACCUGGACAUUACCCUGGAUAUCCAAACAUCCCAGAGUGUCACCCAAGCUUUGGAAGAGUUGGUCACGGACGAAGAGCUGGAUGGUGAAAAUUCAUAUCAUUGUAGGAUUUGUCAUAGGAAGGUGCCGGCUUCCAAAAUGCUGACUUUGCACACUUGUCCUGAGGUCCUUAUCCUUGUACUGAAGGGCUUCUCAUACUUGACUGGUGACAAAACUGCUGAGCACGUGUGCUAUCCUGAGACUCUUGACGUGAGCAGAUGCAUGUCUCAGCAGGACGGAGGAUCGGCUGUUUACAGACUCUGUGUGGUGCUGGUCCAUGCUGGGUGGACUUAGCACACGGGGCAUUACCUCUCUUACGUCAAGGCUGGCAAUGGCAAGUGGUAUCAAAUGGAUGAUGCCAAGGUGUCAGCAUGUGAUGUGACCUGUGUGCUGAGCCAACAAGCCUACGUCCUGUUUUACAUUCACCAGAAUGAAUUGAUCAGAGAGACUGGGAGUGUGCCACAGGGUGGUGGAGCAAGACGCCAUGGGAUGGAGGACACAGAUGUGGGGACAAAGUCCGGGGUGUCCAAAGAAGAUGAUAAAGUAAACGUUUCAGCGGUGGAGGAGGAGCACCUGGAGGAAACAGCCACCGAGCAAAUAACUUUAGAGGAGUGGAAAUUUCUGCAAACAUGA